GUCGACGGGUCAGUGUCGAUCUGAUUUCGAAGGCAGGCUCUCUAAGAUCAGCAUGCCCACGCCGCAAAACAGCACGUUGCAGUAUCGCACCAAGGCUACUUGCGAGUUAGCCCCUUUGAUAGUCUAUGCAGAUUUCGAAGUCUUCAGCCAGGACUAUGCGUCGGGAACUUCAGCUCUGGGUUGUCAAAAUAGGGUUGUUGCGGUUGGCUAUGCGGCUGUGGGCAUGUGCGGCUAUGAGCCACCCGAAGAACAUCGCAUGAGCAUGAUUCACGCCAGGCAUGGUGAACCUGAGUGCUCUGUGGUUCUCAAGCUUAUCUUGGCAAUGAUGAGUCUUGCUGACCACUUCAAAGACUGGAGGCUCCAUCGGCGAAACCUGGUCUGGCUGCCUGGACAGAGGGAGGCUCAUCACAGUUCCGAGACGUGUCGGGAAUGUGGGAGGACAUUCGACUCUGAGACCAAAGGGCUCGGCAAGGUUGCGCAUCACGAGCAUGGUAGUGGGCUUUUUCUGGCAUCACUAUGCCAGGAUUGCAACAAAGCAGCUCACAAACCUAAUCAGGUCACCAUCUGCUUUCACAAUGGGGGUCAUUAUGAUUUCCACUUUGUGCUUCGGACUUUCUCGAAGUUGACGCAUGCCAUCUCCAGUGAUUUGAAGGGUCGUGAACACGAUCCUGGCAACUCCGUCAAGUCUCAGGACUGUCAGAAGCAGCGGCGCAAGAUCAGAAAGUUUGGCGUCAAAGAACUUGCCAGGAAGGUUGAAAAGGUUGGUCUGCGAUGCUUGCUGGAUUCCCUACCAGGCGAUGCUGUCAACGCGCUCAAGAAUUUCAAGGUCACGACUCUGCGGAAGAGCGGGGAAACGAACCUGGUCAUGAACAUAGGGCCCCUGUGUUUUAUCGACACGAUGAACUUCUGCAAAGCCGGGCUAGGGAAACUCAUCGAGUCUCACAGGAAAGCUGUCCUGAAGCCCGCCUCCCUCGGCAACAUGACGGUGGUCUCAGGUCUGGAGACAGCUUUCCCCCUCAAAGCCUCGAGACAUCCAUUAUUGCGGAACUCGAAUGAAGAUGUCUGGUCCGCCCUCCUCAGAAAGCUUCCAAUGCCAUGGGACUUCUUCUCGGGCUGCGACGACUUUGACAAGCCACCUGAGACCGCGAACUUCAUGGGCUUCACUCGUUUCCAGGAUGUGUUUGAUGCCUACCUGGCCCUGGACAUCACGGCUUACGCCGACCUCAUGCAGAUCUUCAGACGGCACUUCUUUGAGACGCACCAUCUUGACCCCUUCCUCUACCCUACACUGCCGUCGGCGGCGUGGGAUGCUGCUCUCCGGGACAUCACACAAAGGAGGGACAAAAAGUUCCGUCUCAUCACCAAUCUCGAAAUCUACGCUGACGUGCGAAAGGCCUUGAUGGGCGGUUUGUGUGCGAUCUUCAGGCCGCACAGUGAGGCUAAUUUCGAGGGCAUGGAGGGAUACAACGCUCAGAUCUCCGCGAAAAGCGCUCUUUACUUGGACAUCAAUAGCAUGUAUCCCCACGCCAUGACCAAACAUUUGCCGUUCUCAGGAGGCUGUGCUGUGAAGCUCCCAGAAUGUGAGGGCUUGAAGCUGGAAUGGCUGCACGGCAUCCUUGAUUCUUUGAACCCGCUCGAGGACCGCAUGGAGACCAUCUACUUGGUUUUCGUGGAUUACGAUUUCCCGGAGGAAUUCCACGAUGCCAUUGAUUGGCCUUCACCUUGCAGGAUGGCAGUGCCUGCCGAGGAAGUCGGACCCUACAACAGGGAUGUUGUUCGAGGCCGCAAGCCCGUGGAGAAGCUGGUGCCUUAUCUAGGGUUCACAAGGUUCAACUCUUGGCCCUUGCUAAAAUCAUUCAUGGAUCGUUCCUAUGCAUACAGGCGGGAGCUCAAGGACGAGGGCAGGGAUACUGAGCAGGGCUUUGUCAAGCUCACGGUCAACAGCAUCUACGGAAAGACGGUGCAGAACCAGGAACGCUUUCACAACAGCACUCACUACUUCGACCCCGUGUCCUUCAGCCGGGCUCAAGCUGGCAGGCCUGUUAUGGACUUUGGCACCGACAUCUUCGAGCGCGAUGCCUUCAUGGGCACUGUUUACAGGGUUCGCAAAGCUAAGAGCAAUGUGAAUCGCAGUCCUGUGCAAGUUGGAUGGGCUGUCUUGGAGGAGUCCAAGCUCGACCUUGCCAUCAAGUAUUGGGUUGGCCUCAAGUCCGCCGCUUUCGCUUCCGGGACAUACGGUUUUGACAUCACCGGUCAAAGAUCGGUGGCUUUUGCGAUCGCUGAUCCAAGAUCG